GCGCGCCGGACGGGAGGUGUGGGUGGCCGGGUGGGAGGCGCCCCGACCCGCGCGCCCGGCGUCGCGCGCGCAUUGGCCGGCCCGCGGCUUCCUCCGCCCCCAGCCAAUCGCCGGGGACGACUUCCUGGAGGGUUUUUUCCUCGCGUCCAGUGUCGCUAGCCCAGCUCGGAGUCCGUCGGGCGGACCCAGCGAGCCGAGCGCUCCCGCAGCCCUCGGCGCGAGCAGGCCGCGCUGCGCCCCGGCAGCCAUGAGGACCCGCAAAGCCUGCCUGCUGCUGCUGCUCUUGGCGCUGGCGCAGCUCUUGGCUGUGGCUAGCGCCCAGGAGGCGGACGAGGAAGAAAAUGCCAUCGAGGAUGAAGAAGAGGAGGAGGAAGAGGACGAUGAAGAGGAAGAUGACUUAGAAGUUAAGGAAGAAAAUGGUGUCCUGGUGCUGAAUGAUGCGAACUUUGACAACUUUGUGGCUGACAAAGACACGGUGCUGCUGGAGUUCUAUGCUCCAUGGUGUGGACAUUGCAAACAGUUUGCUCCAGAGUACGAAAAGAUUGCCAAAGUCUUGAAGGAGAACGAUCCUCCCAUUGCUGUUGCCAAAAUUGACGCGACCUCAGCGUCCAUGCUGGCCAGCAGGUUUGAUGUGAGCGGCUAUCCUACCAUCAAGAUCCUGAAGAAGGGGCAGGCUGUGGACUACGAUGGCUCCAGGACCCAGGAAGAAAUUGUCGCUAAGGUCAAAGAGGUCUCCCAGCCCAACUGGACCCCCCCGCCGGAAGUCACGCUGGUGCUGACCAAAGAGAACUUCGAUGACGUGGUGAACGGCGCAGAUAUCAUUUUGGUGGAGUUUUAUGCACCUUGGUGUGGGCACUGCAAAAAACUUGCCCCUGAGUACGAGAAGGCGGCCAAGGAGCUCAACAAGCGCUCUCCCCCUAUUCCCCUGGCAAAAGUUGAUGCCACAGCAGAAACAGACCUGGCCAAGAGGUUUGGGGUCUCCGGCUACCCCACCCUCAAAAUCUUCCGCAAGGGAAGACCUUUUGACUACAACGGUCCACGAGAAAAAUAUGGGAUUGUGGACUACAUGAUCGAGCAGUCCGGCCCUCCCUCCAAGGAGGUCCCCACCCUGAAGCAGGUGCAGGAGUUCCUGAAGGACGGAGACGAUGUCAUCAUCAUCGGGGUCUUCAAGGGGGACACUGACCCGGCCUACCAGCAGUAUCAGGAUGCUGCUAACGACUUAAGAGAGGAUUACAAGUUUCACCAUACUUUUAGCACUGAAAUAGCAAAGUUCUUGAAAGUCUCUCCAGGAAAGUUGGUGGUGAUGCAGCCUGAGAAAUUCCAGUCCAAGUUUGAGCCCAAGAGCCACGUGGUGGACAUACAGGAUUCCACGGAGGGAUCAGCCAUCAAGGACCACAUAGUGAAGCAUGCCCUGCCCCUGGUCGGCCACCGCAAGAGCUCCAACGAUGCCAAGCGCUACAGCAAGCGCCCCCUGGUGGUCGUCUACUACAGUGUCGACUUCAGCUUCGAUUACAGAGCUGCCACUCAAUUUUGGCGGAACAAAGUCCUGGAGGUGGCCAAGGACUUCCCCGAGUACACGUUUGCCAUUGCGGACGAGGAGGACUAUGGCACGGAGGUGAAGGACCUGGGCCUCAGCGAGAGCGGGGAGGACGUGAACGCAGCCAUCCUGGACGAGGGCGGCAGGAAGUUCGCCAUGGAGCCCGAGGAGUUUGACUCGGACGUCCUCCGCGAGUUUGUCACAGCCUUCAAAAAAGGAAAACUGAAGCCGGUCAUCAAGUCACAGCCGGUGCCCAAGAGCAACCAGGGGCCCGUCAAAGUCGUGGUGGGGAAGACCUUCGACUCCAUCGUGCUGGACCCCAAGAAAGACGUCCUCAUUGAGUUCUACGCGCCGUGGUGCGGGCACUGCAAGCAGCUGGAACCUGUCUACACCAGCCUGGCCAAGAAGUACAAAGGCCAGAAGGGCCUGGUCAUCGCCAAGAUGGACGCCACCGCCAACGACAUCACCAGCGACCGCUACAAGGUGGAUGGCUUCCCCACCAUCUACUUCGCUCCCAGUGGGGACAAAAAGAACCCAAUUAAGUUUGAGGGUGGAGACAGAGAUCUGGAGCAUUUGAGCAAGUUUAUAGACGAACACGUGACCACACAGAGCCGGACCAGGGAAGAGCUCUGAAGGCCUGCAGCCUGCACGGGGCGGGGGCGAGCAGACGCUGCGGCAGCCUUGGCUGGGGCCUCACAAGGCAGUACCAUGACCUUUUGGGGUUUGUUUUGUUUUGUUAAUUUUUUUAUAUUUUGGUAUUCUAGCCCACAUUCUGAAUACUGGGUAACCGGGAAUGACCCAAUAGUUAGUCCAGAUUUUUAUGGAAGAUACAUUUAUUUUUAUUGGGAGUUUGAUUUUUUUGGGGGUGGGGGUG